AUGCCUGUACAUCUUCACCGCCCCUCAUCCCAAUACCUAGCCCGGACAGAGGAGGCCCAAGCCCAAAAUGAUAAAACUGCCCAGUCCACGGCUCAGGCAAACAAUGCCUCGCAAGAGAAACAGUUCAAUGAAACUACCACUACUGGUGCGGGCUCGGAUUCAGAACUCAUUGCUAUCUUCAAUCCCGAUAUUCAUGUUUGCGACAUUGGGGAUUUUGCCCAACUCGGGUUUGAUGAGCAAGUGAAAAGGCUUGCAGACAGGGCAGGGUUUCAGAUGAAAAUGGUACAACAGGUGUAUCAGCAUGUGCGCACCUUCAAAGAUGCCGAGGAAGUAGUGAAGAGCAUGCAUGAGGCUGUGCUAGAAUGUGCUGAGGUUGAGAUUGGAAGGCGUGCAGCAGGUGAAUGA